UUUGAUAGGGUGGCAAACCAUAAAUACUUCUAACCACGUUAUCAUCUGAUGAUCUGAAACUUCUUUCUUAGGCACUGAGUUCUGUACCCAUUUUUCGUCUCCGGUGCACUCUUUGGCUUAGCGAGAAGAAUGGUGCACCCAGUGGCGGAGGCCAACGAGGAAAGUCCCUUCGGCUCUCUCACUCCGGACGAGUUCUACGCUCGCCACUCCGUGAGUCACGGCUCCGAGUACAUCACUAACUCCAGGGGCCUCAACCUAUUUACCCAGUGGUGGACCCCACUACCCCCUACCAAAAUCAUCGGUACCCUAUGCUUCGUCCAUGGCUUUACCGGCGAGUCUAGCUGGUUCCUCCAGCUAACCGCCGUUUUCUUUACCAAAGCCGGAUUUGCCACCUGCGCCAUCGACCACCAGGGCCACGGCUUCUCCGAUGGCCUCGUUACCCACAUACCCGACAUCAACCCCGUCGUCGACGACUGUAUCUCCUUCUUCGACGCCUUCCGUGCUCGCCAUCCGCCGUCCUUGCCCUCCUUUCUUUACUCCGAGUCCCUCGGCGGUGCGAUCGCCCUUCUCAUCACGCUCCGCAAGGACCGCGCCUGGGACGGCCUUAUUCUCAACGGAGCGAUGUGCGGGAUAAGCGACAAGAUCAAACCGCCAUGGCCGUUGGAGCACUUCCUCUCCUUGGUCGCCACUUUGGUACCCACUUGGCGCGUGGUUCCUACGCGGGGCUCUAUACCCGACCUCUCCUUCAAGGAGGAGUGGAAGAGGAAGCUGGCGAUGGCGAGCCCGAGGAGAUCGGUGGCGAGGCCCCGCGCGGCGACGGCGCGUGAGUUGCUGAGGGUGUGCAGCGAGCUGCAGGGUAGGUUCGAGGAGGUGCAGAUGCCGUUGCUGAUAGUUCACGGCGGGGAAGACGUGGUAUGCGACCCCGCGUGCGCGGAGGAGCUUUUCAAACGCGCCGCGAGUACGGAUAAGACGCUAAAGAUGUACCCUGGUAUGUGGCACCAGUUGGUUGGCGAGCCUGAGGAGAACGUUGAGUUGGUUUUCGGGGACAUGUUGGAAUGGCUUCUGAGCCGGGCCAAACGCGCCUCCGACGCCCGCGCUGCUGCAAAUGAUGUGUCAUAGCUUUGGUUUGCCAAUUAAGGUAGUUGUCAAUUUACAAUGACUAAGAUACUUCCUUUGUCAAUUUACUCUCGUUUAAACUGAAUUUAAAAGUUAAUUUUGUCUUAA